AUGUCGCUAACUCUUCCUCCUGGCUAUAGGUUCGUUCCUUCUGAUGCUGAAUUGAUUGGCUUCUAUCUCUACAACAGGGUACAUAAUUUACCUUUUCCCUGUGAUAGCGUUCUAGAAUGUGACCUCUAUGGCAUUCUAGAACCCUGGCAAAUUUGGGAAAUGUAUGAAGGCCCCAAAUUGUGUAAGCAAGAUCUCUACUUUUUCACCCCAUUAAAGAAAAUAUCCAAGAAGGGUUCAAAGAUUUGCAGGAGGGUCGGUUCUGGAACGUGGAAGGGGGAAGAUGGAGAAACAGAAAUAAAAGAUGAAAUUACCCACAUGAAAAUUGGGUCCAGGAAAAGGUUCCGAUAUGAGAAUAAAGGCUCGGAACACCAUGCGGGUUGGAUAAUGCAUGAGUAUAAACUAAUUGGGCAUGAUGUGUUUGUUGUCUGUAGAAUUCGGAAGAAUGAAAGUGAUGAAGACGCGGUUGUGAAGAAAAGAAAGAGAAAGUGCAACUCCAAAGAAGGAAAGGUUGAGAAGCAUCUCUCCAAAUGCUCAAGGGUUGAAGAGAACCCAGUGCAUUCACAAUUGCAAUGUGUGGAUGAGAAUGAGGGUGAGGCUCAGUCUGAAUGUGAAGCACCUUCACCACCGCAAUUACUUGGAGAAGAAGUUACAGAUGACGAUUACUCUAGCUUUUUUGAAAAUCUUAUUCUCAUACCACAGUCUGAGCAUGAGGCAGAGGCAGAAGCAGAGGCUCAUUCUGAAUUACUUACUGAAGAGGUUAAUGAUGAUAUAACAGAUGAUGAUUACUUUACCUUCCUUGAAAAGCAAGUUCUGAUAUCACAGUUUGAGAAUGAGAAUGGGCAUGAGCAUGAACCUGAGCCUCUAUCGGUUGGAGUUGGAGGAGAGUUUAUUCCUGAAAUCAGAAAUUUUUACUCUUCCAGUAUUGGUGAGCUUUUUCCUGGAGAGAAUUUUGCAGAUUUAUUAUUGGAGAAGAGGGUUUUUCUGAUACGACAGAUUCCAAAAAAUUAG